GUCGAGUCACGCAGCGUCGCGGCGUCCUGUCACUGCAGUGUUGACCCAGCAGCUGUUGGUGCCGGCUUAUCGUCCAUCACAGUCUGUUCUGAACCACGGGGUAAACUGGUACAGAACACAGUUUAUGUGCGUCGUUCGCCGAUGUUAAUCGACCAGUACUUUUUUAACCAGCAGCGUUGAAGUGUCCAGCUGUAUACAGCUAUAUACGUUUAUAACGUGACGCUAAGCUAACGCUAACUGUCAGCCCAGACCAUGGACCAGAACAGCAGCCCAUCGUUCCCAGUUCAGCUGUACAUCUACGACAUCUCCAGAGGCAUGGCGAGACAGCUCAGCCCCAUGAUGCUGGGAAAGCAGCUGGAUGGUAUAUGGCACACUGCCGUCGUGGUCCAUGGGGAAGAGUUCUUCUACGGUGGGGUGGGAAUCACAAACUGUCCCCCGGGUGGGACUGAGCUGGGACAGCCUAACUCCAUCGUGGACCUGGGGGUGACCGAAGUCACUGGAGAGAUCUUUAUGGAUUAUCUCACCUCGCUGGGAGAGUCCACAUACAGAGGGGAGACGUACCACUUGUUUGAGAACAACUGCAACACCUUCAGCAACGAGGUGGCCCAGUUCCUCACGGGCAGCAGGAUCCCAGAGUACAUCACAGACCUGCCCUCCGAAGUGCUCUCCACGCCCUUUGGUCAGGUUCUGCGUCCUAUCCUGGAAUCCAUGACUGUCUCCCCUUCGGGAGCAAACUCCUUCAACAACAGCCAGCGAUAAAGAGUGACAAUUCCUACUAACUAAGUAACUACUCAAAAGGUUGGACCGACUGGAACUGAAAUUUAUGCAAGCCACCGUGUGGGUUCUUAGCUGUGAUUGGUCUUUAUCAGUGUCAGUGACCAGUUCUGUUUUAUCUCUAAGGUAAUCAAUCAUUGGAGGAUUGGGGCGGUGUUUGUAUCAGAUGGAUGAAUAAUUAAUUUACAAUGAUAGUGUGUUACUUGGGAUUGGGUGAAGUUAGCUGCGAUUAUAAAGUCUACACAUUCACAAGCUCACACACCCUGAUGGAAAUGAGCAAACAAACAGAGAACUGAGGACCAUUAUUUAGCUCACCAUUAUCAUCUUCAACCUAUAUAUGUGGUUUCUUCAUGCUGACAACUCUUAUAGAUGUACCUCUCUAGUGCUGCAACCUUGUCAUACAACUCUUGACUAACACUACACCAGCAGAGCCUGUCCGACCCCGAGGUUCAUCCUCAGCCAUCGGGUGACCCUCACCGUACUUGGUGACGCUCUCCGUGUCAUUUUGAAGUUCUGGAACUUGAACUUUUAUAUGAGAUUUCUAACUUGAUGGACGCACUACCUUGCCCAUCAAAAUUGAAAUGGGCUUGAUGCAAAUCAACUUCAUCCAAACUUUCGGGAUUUCGUCCACUGAUAAUUUUGUACAGAUAGUAAUUUAGACUUAUUUUUUCCAUUGUGAGUCUUUAAUAUAUAUAAUCCUUCUGAUAGCUCCUGUUUAUCAUCUGAUUGAAUGAAUGUGUAAUUAAUAUCAGAAUUUUAUUUUUGGGCCCAGGCAUUUUUACUCAAUGUUGGGUACAUCUAUUAAUAUACAUUUUUUGACUUUUCAGUUUAUUGUUUAUGGCAAUGGCUAUCUGACACUCCAAGAUGGUUGAAGAGAUGGAUGGAGGGAGGGAUGGAGGGAAGAGAGGAGGGAGGGAGGGAGGAAGGGGAGAGAGAAGGGAGGGAGGACGUGAGCUCUUGCCAUUGGACAACCUUCUUCAUGUCAUUUGUAAUUGUUGGUCUUGUUUUGACCAAUUAAGUGGUGCUGGUUGAAAUUGCACGAAUGGGACACAAAGACUACUCCUAUUAACACAGCUCAGGAACCGCCUUAACCACUGCAUCCAUGCCGUAUCCUGAAUAGUAUUCAAAUUAAUAUUAUGGGAUAGCCUUUGGUACUAUUGGUUUUGGUUUUGCAUGUGAAUCACAUGGACAUGUUUAUGUUACCCAAACAGCCAUUCACUUUCCUGAACCUUAAUAUGAAACCUAUGUGGCCAUCAGCUACUCAAAUGCAUUGUUGUUUUCAAGCCACCACUAUAUCUAUUUAUUACAAUUUCUGAUUUCUGUUUACUAGUUUUAAUAUCUACCCUUCACAUACUUUCUUAUUAAUUAUAGUGUGUAUUGUUAUUGCUCUGGUGUAAUCAAGCAAAUGUUUAAGGGGUUCUGAUCUGUUAUUUAUAGUUAUUGUAUUAAAAGACCCUUGAUCGGGCUUGAUGCAA